CAUGGCGGACGGACACUGCAACAAUAACCAUUUACCGGUUUUGUUUUCAUAUUCCGUCUUCUCGCGUCCUUCGUCCGUGCCUGUGGGUUCUGGGCACGAAGUGUUGAUCCAGAAAUUUCUGUCACUCUAUGGUCACCAAAUUGAUGUCCAUCGUAAAUUUGUUAUCCAGUCGUUCUCCGAGGAAUGGGGACAGUACAUUGAUUUGCCGAAGGGAUUCUUGGUAUCUGAGAAAUGCAAGCUUCGAUUAGUUCCUCUCCAAAUGGAUAUCACCACACUGGGGAACCUUGCUCCCUCCACUACCAUGUUCUUUUGCUGUGACAUGCAGGAGAGGUUCAGGCCAGCCAUCAAGUACUUUGGUGACAUCAUCAGUGUGGGACAAAGGCUGCUGCAAGGCGCUCGUAUCCUUGGCAUCCCAGUCAUCGUGUCGGAGCAGUACCCCAAAGGACUUGGCUCCACCGUCCAGGAGAUGGACCUCUCCGGUGCCAAGCUGGUCUUCCCCAAGACCAAGUUCUCCAUGGUGCUGCCGGAGGUGGAGGCUGCCCUGGCGGAGAACCCUGCUGUGCGCAGCAUCGUGCUGUUUGGGGUGGAGACCCACGUGUGCAUACAGCAGACUGCGCUUGACUUGACUGGCCGAGGUUUUGAAGUCCAUAUUGUGGCUGAUGCCACUUCAUCCAGGAGCAUGAUGGACAGGAUGUUUGCUCUGGAGCGAAUGGCUCGCACUGGUAUCAUCGUCACCACCAGUGAGUCGGUGCUGUUGCAGUUGGUGGCGGACAAGGAGCACCCCAAGUUUAAGGAGGUCCAGAACCUCAUCAAAGCCAGCGCCCCUGAGUCUGGCCUCCUCUCCAAGGUGUGAGGGCUCCAGGGGUGGCAGGAG